CGAGGACAGAAAGAGAGCAGCAGAUAAGAGCAACAAGUCACAAAACAUGAGCUGAAAUGCUCAUCUCGUUUUUCCAGCAGGCAGCAGCGGAAAAGUUCAGUUUCCCGGAGAUUAAACCGUUGGAUCGUCGUGAUUUUUGGACAGCAGCUUCACAGCAUCUGGGCCAACAUUCUGCACGGUGGAGAUCGGGUUUUGAGGUCCGGAGGUCGGGUUUUGUUGGCCUGGACAGUAGCUAUUUUUCUGGUGAUACUUUUCUUAUCUUGGCUCUAUUUGAUUCCAUACACCUUGAUGUGCUUACUUCCAAAGCAGAGCCGGCUUUGGGGGCAGUUCACCCAGGCAACUGCAUAGGGCCUCCCAAGCCAAAGGGGCCUCAAAAUAGUCCCUGUUGGUAAAUCCAAAGCAAUGAUUACACGAAUCAAAAGCAAGCAAGCAGGAACAGGCUUCUCAUCGGAACGGAGCAGCUCAUUGAACAGAACCACACCAAUUCAUUCCCAGUAUAUACAGUAUCCGUUUGAAAGAUCGAAGGAUGUAGUCUAUCUUCUAUCAUUUUCACUGUUUAUGCAGAUAAGGCAUAAUGUAUAAACAAAAUAGAAGUUGGAUGUAUGAUAAAGAUGCGGUAUUGUACGGAAUGCAAUCAAAUUUUCUCGAGGGAGUCGGAGAAUUUAUUGAAUUUGCACUUGAACAUCCGGCUUAUAUGAGUGGUGAUAAAAUAAGAUGUCCAUGUUCAAAGUGUAAAAAUCUCAAAUUUAAAGACCCACACGAAGUUGGGUAUGAUUUGUACGCGGUCGGUUUUGUUCCCAAUUAUUAUAAUUGGACUUCUCACGGCGAACCUUUGGAUCCAUCUGUUAUACCACAAACGGUAGGUUCGUCUCGUUACGUCCCUCCAGAGAUGAGUGCGUGGGGAGACCGUGCUGAAAUGAGGUGGGACCAACAAAUGGUAUAUGACGCAUACGGUGUACCGUCUCAAUUCAACCCCCCACAACCACCUAACGACCCCCCUGAAGCCUCAACCUCGUAUCAACCAGAUGCGGAUGAAAAUCCGACAUUUUAUCAACCUUAUGUGGAUGAAGGUUUGGCUGAGAGAUUUCAGGAUGUUCUAAAAGCUGUCGACCAACCUCUGUAUGCUGAUUGUGAGGGAUACUCUCAGCUAUCCGCUGUUACUGAGUUCAUGAACAUAAAAGCCGAAUACAGUCUCCCUGAAACUUGCAUGAAUAGAGUCUUGCAGUCAGUAGGAGGGAUGCUACCGCGAGAUCAUACCCUUCCCGAUUCAUAUUACCACAUGAAGCAGUUAAUGUCUAAGUUGGGGCUACCUUGUGUUGAAAUUGAUGCGUGCCCGGAAGGAUGUAUGUUGUUCUGGAAGGAGGAUGAGGCACUUGAGUUCUGCAAGUUCUGUGGUGGAGACAAAUACAAACCUGUUCGUCAAGGUAAAAAGAAACCACGACAUAGGUCUGCACUGUCUAAACUGUAUUACCUCCCAAUAGCUCCUCGACUGCAAAGGAUGUACGCUUCGACUGCUACUGCGAAACACAUGACAUGGCAUGUUGAGCACGAAACCAACGAGGGUAUGAUGGCUCACCCUUCGGACUGUGAAGCCUGGAGACACUUUGACCGCUGUCAUCCUCAGUUUGCUAUGGAGCCACGAAAUGUGCGGCUGGGAUUGUGCUCAGAUGGAUUUGCUCCUUUUGGCAGGUUUGGCAAGAACUAUUCAUGUUGGCCGGUCAUGUUAACACCUUUUAAUCUCCCUCCCGACAUGUGCAUGAAAAGUCAUUUCAUCUUUUUGUCUUUAAUUUGUCCGGGUUCCAAGGAUCCUGGGCGAAAGAUAGACAUUUAUCUUCAACCCCUUAUUGAGGAGAUGAAAGAAUUGUGGGCCGUUGGGAUACCAACUUAUGAUGUUUCAUCAGAUAAAAUGCUUAUCAUGAAAGCUGCCAUCAUUUGGACCAUUAGCGACUUCCCUGCCUAUGGCAUGCUUUCGGGAUGGAGCACACACGGUCUGAUGGGAUGUCCGAUAUGCAUGGAGAAAUCAGGUGCCAACUGGCUCAGUUACAGCAAAAAAGGAAGUUACUUUGAUUGUCACCGCAAGUUUCUCCCGGAAAGGCACCGAUAUCGAAAGGACAAGAAGUCUUUCAUUAGAGGCAGAGCGGUACGAGAGAGCCCACCCCCGAGAUUGACCGGUGAAGAAAUUUAUAACCGGGUUCGACGUUUUCCUACGGCUAUGGAAGAGCCAAACCAAGAGCCAUAUGGGUAUUGUGAUACCCAUAAGUGGACAAAGAGGAGCAUAUUCUGGGAGUUGCCUUAUUGGAAAGACCUUCUCAUCCGUCACAAUUUAGAUGUCAUGCACACCGAGAAGAACGUCUUUGACAAUAUAUUUAACACGGUGAUGGAUUUGAAAGGCAAAACUAAAGACGGUCUUGCAACUAGGAAAAAUAUGACUAUUUGGUGUGAUAGACCCGAACUUUCUGUUGAUCUAGAAUAUCAGGGCAAGGAAGUUCCAAAAGCAGUCUACCAGGUCACAGAACCACAAAAGGCAGCAAUAUUAAAAUGGCUUGCGUCUCAGAAGUUUCCAGAUGGCUACUGCUCCAACUUGUCUAGAUGCGUAGACAUGAACAAACUUACCACGACGACGAGCAUGAAAACUCACGAUGCUCAUGUAAUAAUGCAAAGACUUCUACCAAUUGCACUAAAAGAGAUGCUCCCUGAACACGUAUGGUCCUGCAUUACUGAAAUCAGUUUGUUGUUUCAAUCGAUAUGUUCCAGCGUUUUGGAUGCGGCAUCCCUCCGGAGACUACAAGAGUCUGUUCCCAUUCUGAUGUGUAAUCUGGAAAAAAUAAUGCCACCAUCGUUUUUUGAUACAAUGGAACAUCUCAUAAUACAUCUUCCGUAUGAGGCUUUGACUGCUGGGCCCGUCUUCUAUCGGUGGAUGUACAGAUUUGAAAGAUUUCUAGGAGAGCUGAAAAAGAAAGUGACCAACAAGGCACACGUUGAGGCUUCAAUUUGUCAAGCGUAUCUUCAACAAGAAAUCUCAACGUUCUCGUCUUUUUACUUCGAGCGUGACGUCAUCACCAGAAGGAAGAGACCUGCCCGGAACGAUGACAUUGGCGAGGAUUUAUAUGAAAAUGUAGUUUCCAUCUUCAAUUACCCAGGCAGAGGUAAAGGUGCUGCGACACAACGAUACAUCCUGGGUGGGGAAUUGCAAAUUGCGCAUACUUAUAUCCUCAUGAAUUGUCCAGAAAUCUCACCGUUUUAUCAUGAAUUCCGAGCUUCUUUAUCAGCCUUUCCUGAGAAUGAAAUUGAUGCGUUGGUGGACUCUGAUUUUAUAAAUUGGUACAAGUAUCAGAUCAAUAGUCGUGGGAUUGUCGACCCUUUGUUAGUAUCAUUAGCGUGGGGCCCAAGUGCCAGUGCCAAAGUGUGGCGGCAAUAUGUGAUAAACGGUUACACAUAUCACACAACCGAUUACGGACAUGGUCGACCAACAACGAACAACGGGUUAUGUGUCCCGACCAUCGGUUAUGAUAACUCGGAAACCAAUUUUUUUGGUGUUCUGCAGGAGAUUCUGGAACUUGAUAUGCCUUCUGGUGCGCAAAAGAUGACAUGCGUUCUGUUCCGCUGCACAUGGGUCGAUCCCACACGUGGCGUGCGCAAAAAUCCGAAGUAUAAUAUGAUUGACGUCAACCACUCUCGUGUGUACCCAAAAAAUGAGCCUUUCAUACUCGCCCAACAAGCAGCGCAGAUUUAUUAUGCAGAAUAUCCUUCAACAAGGCGGAGCCUGAAUCCUUGGGUGUGUGCAUGUCCUGUCCGUCCGAACAAAAUUAAAUCACAAACUCAACACAAGGACGUUGAUCUAGAUGCUUUUCAGCAACAAUUGUUCCAACCUCCGCCUAUUGUUGAGACAAUCAACUAUAACGUCCAAUUAAGUGAUCCCAAUGGCGGACGUGUUGAAGUCAUGCCCGAAACGCACCUUCCGGACCUAACCAUUCCAUCUGAGCGCGAAAUUGAGGAAAUGUAUGUAGCACAACAAAACGCUCAAUAUCAGGAAGAAGGUGAAUGGAUAGACGGUUCAGAUACUGAAGAAGAAACUGUAUAUGUAGAAAAUGACGAUUCUGACAGCGAGUAAUUGUGCUGUUGUAACUUCAAUUUUGUGAUAUAAUUUCUCCAAGCAGAUGUGAUAAUUUCCUUCAUCAAUAUUGUUUGUAAAAUAAUUACUCCUCAAUCUGUUCUAUACCACAUAAAUUCAAAGCAGUUUAUUU